UGCGCGAGCAGGAGUUCCGGCGGGAGGCCCGUGCUGCAGCACCGUCACCAUGGCUGAGCUGGACUACACCAUCGAGAUCCCGGAUCAGCCCUUCUGGAGUCAGAAGGACCGCGGAACAGCUGGGAAGGAGGCGGGGCCGAGGCAGCCGGUGGUGAUUCUGCUGGGCUGGGGAGGCUGCCGGGACAAGAACCUUGCCAAGUACAGCGCCAUCUACCACACAAGGGGCUGCGUCGUGAUCCGAUACACGGCCCCAUGGCACCUGGUCUUCUUCUCCGAGUCCCUGGGCAUCCCUUCCCUGCGGGUCUUGGCCCAGAGGCUGCUGGAGCUCCUCUUCCACUACGAGAUCGAAAAGGAGCCCCUGCUCUUCCACGUCUUCAGCAACGCCGGCGUCAUGCUGUACCGCUACGUGCUGGACCUCCUGCAGACCCACCAGCGCUUCUGCCGCCUGCGCGUGGUGGGCACCAUCUUCGACAGCGGGCCGGGCCACAGCAACCUGCUGGGGGCGCUGCGGGCCCUCGCCGCCAUCCUGCAGCACCGGCCGGCCGCGCUGCGCUGCUUGCUGCUGGCAGCCUUCGCCCUGGUGGUGGUCCUGUUCCACGUCCUGCUUGCCCCACUCACGGCCCUCUUCCACACCCACUUCUACCACAGGCUGCAGGACGCAGGCUCCCGCUGGCCAGAGCUCUACCUGUACUCCAAAGCUGACAAGGUCGUCCUGGCCAGGGACGUGGAACGCAUGGUGGAAGCGCGGCUGUCACACCAGGUGCUGGUGCGUUCUGUGGACUUUGUGUCCUCUGCCCAUGUCAGCCACCUCCGCGACUACCCCACCUACUACACCAGCCUCUGUGCCAACUUCAUGCACACCUGCAUGCACUGCUGACGUCAUUGCUCUGACUCCCCUCUGCUCCCCAAAUAAAUGCCUGAUACCUC